AUGGAGGGCUUGCUCGAUUUCUCUAGGGAGUUCGAUGUCUCCCUCUUGGAUAGGGUCGUCAUGGCGUUUUAUACUGGCUCAGGAGCUGAGCAACAAAUGGCACAGCAAGUCCUGACCCAGUUCGAAGAACAUCCUGACGCUUGGACGAGAGUACCGGAUAUAUUAGAGCGGUCAUCAUUUCCACAAGCAAAGUAUAUCGGUUUGCAGAUUCUCGAAAAAUUAAUUACAACGCGGUGGAAAACUCUACCAGAGGGCCAACGUCAAGGUAUAAGGAAUUUCGUCGUUGGUAUAACUGUCAAGGUGGCGUCUGAUGAGACAACCAUGAGAAAGGAGAAGACAUAUGUCAACAAACUGAAUCUUGCCCUUGUUCAGAUUCUCAAACAAGAGUGGCCACACAACUGGCCAACGUUUAUAUCAGAACUUGUGGAGUCAUCCAAGACUAAUCUUUCUCUUUGUGAGAAUAACAUGGUCAUAUUACGAUUAUUAUCGGAAGAAGUGUUCGAUUACUCGGCGGAACAACUAACGCAGACCAAGAUCAAAAACCUGAAGAAUCAGAUGUGUGGAGAAUUUUCGGAAAUCUUCAAAUUAUGUUCUGAAGUCCUAGAGGAAGCUCAAAAGACGUCACUAAUCAGGGCAACUCUAGAAACCCUGCUGCGCUUCUUGAACUGGAUUCCUCUAGGCUAUAUAUUUGAAACGACAAUCAUUGAUCUGCUCCUAAAUCGGUUCCUCGAAGCCCCCGAUUUCCGCAACGUCACGCUCAAGUGUCUCGCCGAAAUUGCAGCACUGAACGUUGGUCCAGAAUAUGACCCAAAAUUUGUGAUUCUCUUUGCCAUGGUUAUGACAUCUGUCAACCGCAUGAUCCCUCCCAGUACCAACAUUGCACAGGCUUAUGCAAAUGCGGGUGACGCUGGCCAGGAGCUGGUACUUAAUCUCGCCCUUUUCCUAGCCAACUUCCUAUCCAGUCAUCUUCGCGCCGUUGAAACGGAAGCAAAUCGCGACGUUUUGCUCAACGCUCAUCUUUAUAUGGUCAAGGUAUCACAAGUUGACGAAAGAGAAAUCUUCAAGAUUUGCUUGGAGUAUUGGCUGAAAUUAGUAGCCGAGCUCUAUGACGAAAUCAAGAGUCUACCCAUUGGCGAGUCUGGUCUGCUGAUGGGUUUGAGUCUAGGCGGGAAUGGCAAUGCACAAAAUAUGCUUAAUGGUAUGACACUUAGGAAGAAUAUUUAUAGCGAUGUGCUAUCCAACUUGAGGUUAGUAGUCAUUGAGAGAAUGGUCAAACCAGAGGAGGUUUUGAUUGUCGAAAACGAAGAAGGAGAAAUCGUGCGUGAAUUCAUGAAAGAAAGCGAUACCAUUGUCCUUUACAAGUCGAUGCGCGAACUUUUGGUGUACCUUACACAUUUGGACGUCGUUGAUACUGAGAAUAUUCUCACCGAAAAGCUGGCGAAGCAAGUCGAUGGUUCAGAGUGGUCUUGGCAGAAUCUAAACACACUAUGCUGGGCUAUUGGUUCUAUCUCUGGAGCGAUGAAUGAGGAAACAGAAAAGCGUUUUUUGGUCACUGUAAUUAAGGACCUUCUGGGCUUAUGUGAAAUUAAGCGUGGCAAGGACAACAAGGCUGUAGUUGCAUCCGAUAUCAUGUAUAUUGUUGGACAAUACCCACGAUUCCUUAAGGCCCAUUGGAAGUUCCUGAAGACGGUCGUUAAUAAAUUAUUUGAAUUUAUGCACGAAACCCACGAAGGUGUACAGGACAUGGCCUGCGAUACGUUUAUCAAAAUUGCACAAAAAUGUCGCCGCCACUUUGUAAUGCAACAAUCUGGGGAGCAGGAGCCUUUCGUUGAUGAAAUCCUACGCCUAUUACAUAGGAUAACGGUCGAUCUAUCGCCUCAGCAGGUGCACACUUUCUAUGAGGCAGUCGGGUACAUGAUUUCUGCACCACCUAACAAGCCUCAGCAAGAGAAGCUAAUAGCGAAGUUAAUGGAGCUCCCGAAUAACGCUUGGGACUCGCUUAUGGCGCAGGCCGCACAGAACAUGGACGUUCUCAGCAGCGUAGACAAUAUAAAGAUCCUUUCAAACGUCCUGAAAACGAACGUCUCGGCCUGUACUGCAAUUGGCAGUUUUUAUCUUCCACAAAUUGGUCGCAUAUUCUUAGAUAUGCUUGGCUUGUACAAAGCAGUUAGUGGAAUUAUUAGCGAAACUGUUGCUCGUGAUGGAAACAUUGCAACGAAGACUCCAAAGAUCAGGCAACUGCGCACUGUCAAGAAAGAAAUUCUGAAGUUGAUGGAGACAUAUAUCAAAAAGGCAGAGGACCUCGAGGCUGUUAACACCAAUUUUAUGCCCCCAUUGUUAGAUGCUAUACUUGGAGAUUACAACCGCAACAUUCCAACAGCAAGAGAUGCGGAGGUUCUGAACGUGAUGGCUACUAUCACGGGGCGUCUUGGUCCUUUGCUUACCCCACAAGUACCUGCUAUUCUUGAUGCCGUUUUCGAGCCGACUUUGAAUAUGAUCAAUCAAGACUUCUCCGAAUUCCCUGAGCACAGAGUCGGGUUCUUUAAACUCCUUAGGGCCAUUAAUAUUAAUUGCUUCCCUGCUAUGCUUGGCAUCCCGCCGCCGCAGUUUAAGUUGUUCAUGGACAGCAUAAUCUGGGCCAUCAAGCACACCAUGCGAGACAUCGCAGACACUGGUUUGAACUUAUGCCUCGAAGUCGUGAACAACUUCGCCGGUGCAGAACCAGCGGUCAGCAAUGCAUUCUUCCAACAAUACUUCCUCAGCAUAGUCCAGGAUAUAUUCUUCGUUCUGACUGAUGCAGAUCAUAAAAGUGGCUUCAAGCUACAGAGUUUACUACUCGCUCGGAUGUUCCAGCUUGUCGAAACCAAUCAAAUCCAGACGCCAUUAUUUGACCCAGCUCAGAUGACGGAUCCAAAUAUUUCGAAUUCCGUAUUUUUACGGGAAUAUUGCGCCAACCUCUUGAAGACGGCUUUCCCGCAUGUGCAGAACUCCCAAGUUCAAGUUUUCGUCAAUGGUUUAGGCGAAUUCCACAGCGACAGCAACCGCUUCAAGCUUGUUCUUCGAGAUUUCCUUAUCCAGCUCAAGGAAUUUUCUUCUGGUGACAAUGCUGAGCUCUAUCUCGAGGAGAAAGAGGACGAGGCACAGAGGAAAGCCCAAGUAGAGCGGGAAAAUGCCAUGCGGAUCCCAGGUAUGCUCAAGCCCUCACAGCUGGAGGACAAGGACGAGGACAUUUAAAGAAAUCAUCCCCCGCGCUGCUAAAAUCAUGACUGUUUACACGAUGCCUUUGUUCUGUUGUAUAUUUUCUGGUUGUCUAGUCUCUCCUUCCAAGCCCCUUAAAUGUCUCCUUAUCAUCCUAACACCUCAUCAAUGUCUCUACAAAUUCAUCCUGCUAUCGAUGCCUUUUGCCUCGCCGCUUUCAAUAUCUAAUGUACUACUAGCUUAGGUCGGGGAGCACAUGAAAGUAAUGUAGACUGUUGUUAACGUUGAUCUUGAAUUGAAAUCAUAUUAAAUGU